AUGACACCUAAGCAGCGAAUACGGGAGUUUCUAUCCGGUAAGUUCGGCAUGAAACGAUGUCAUGAGGUGAAGGAGGAGGAAGAGGUGGAAUCCACCCGGUUCAACUUCGCCGAUUCCGCAGUGACUCGUGGUGACCUAAAAGCCUCCACGCCCACCAAAGUCAUCAAUUUUCCUCGAGGCGCUAACACAGUCCGUCAGUUGAAUCUUACCCACCCACUGUUCCUCUGGGAUAUGACAGACAUACAUACCGGUGACUCACAAGAGACUCUUGCUGUUUGGUCCCUGGACAAGGCGGCCGGCAUCGAGCAUGAACAGACAAACAUGGAAAGCCAAGGCGUUGUUCCAGCUCAGGCGUCUCGCUUGUCGUUCUUCAUGGGUAUUGUCCCCCGACUGCAUUUCCGCCAGGCGAUUGCGCUGCCGCAGUCAGAAGACGAAGAGGACAGCGAAACGCGACGCAACAGAAUAUUUCGACAGAGAAGGAAGCGUAUAAUAUUUAGUUGCAUCGUCCUGGUCAUCGUGCUCCUCGUGGCGAUCCUCCCGCAAGCUAUCGUUCAUGCCGUCAGACGGAGACAAUAUUUUCGGCGACCCAUGACCCAAAUCGGUGUCCCCUCCCCUCGUAGCUGCACCCAGAGUGUCCCGUGGCAUUUUGGUGCACACACAUCGCCGAAACCCGCGAGCUUCCUAGGAUCAACGUAUCAGUACACCGCGACCGCCACGAUUCCUCUCUCCGCUAGCGCGGACGUGCUCGAUCUUGUCACGCAAGAAUAUCAGACGCAUUAUUUGCACGGGUCCGUGGAGUUUCUAAUUGACGAUGGAAGGAAAUACAGCGGGAGCCGCGACGUGCAUGUGGAGGUCACAGCAUUCGUGGAUGACAGAGAAGACCUGCGACACAGCACCAUGCUGUGCCAGUUGCGCUCUGCGCCAGAAUCCGAAGGCGCAGCGCUGAUUAUGCACGACCCGCGCUAUAGAGGUAGACGUUCACGCCGGAUGGCGUUUUCGGUCAAGGUCGUCUUUCCCUCCUCGGAAGGUUCUCCGCUGCACAUCAAGCGAUUCCAGACGAAUAUGCCUCGGUUCAUCCACAACGUUGGGGAUCUACAUGACCGCUUGUUUUUCCAGCACAUUCUGCUGCGGACUGUCGACGAGCCUGUUCAUUCUCUGGGGGGCGAGAUGAUCCGGAUCACGACUGCCAACGGCCUCAUCAAAGGAUCGUUGGACGCAAAGUCUUCCCUGAGCCUGCACACGCAGAAUGCUCCUAUAGAGGUGGACGCUCGUGUCAUGGCAAGCGACGCGGCCAAGCGUAGUGUUGUCUCCAUCCAAACCACGAACGCCCAUAUUUCGGCCAACGUCAGCCUCCUUGCGCAACACGACAGUGCCACGUUCACGACCUUCUUUGCGACGACCAACGCCGCCCUCGACAUCGCCAUCCCGGCGAUUCCGCUCGGGAGCCUGGUGGACAUGCGUGCCUGCACGCUGAACGCGCCUGCAACCGUGCGCAUGCCCAAGACGUUCCACGGACACUUCGAUCUCGCGUCGCUGGACUGGCACCCGCCCCGAGUGCACUUCGACGCGAGCGCGGAAGAUCCGGAGCAUAGGCGGCAGGUGGAGAUACGCCCGCAGUCAGGCGACAGCUAUGUGCAGGGCAACAUUUACCUCGUCGGUCAUGAAAAACCGCGGAUGGGUGGGACUGCCAUACAUGUUAUGGCAUCAAACAGCGAAGUGGACCUCUUCCUUUGA